CAAGACUCCACCCGCUUCAAGGCACAGCUGAGUAGCUGAGCGGAGCCCACCUGGAAUCAGAGUCCAGACGACCGCUUCCUGCACUUUCAAAGACCCGAGGUCCAGAUUCCAAUGCUCUCCUUAGGAUGCAGGAGUCCAUGACUCAGGUCUCCACCCCAGCCUUGGCAAUGACCCUGGCAGCCUCCUCUCAGCGCUCCCAAAUCAUCCGUUCCAAGUUCCGCUCUGUCCUGCAGCUUCGGAUCCACAGACGGAAUCAAGACUGCACUUCAGAUCCAUGGAUCUCAGCUUCAGGCCCAGCUCUGCCCCCAGUUCCUGCUCCUUUCCUUGUCAGCCCUGGCGUCGUGUCCCCUGAGCCAGCCUAUUGUCCUUGGAGGUCUCCAAAGAAGGAAUCUUCCAGGAACUCCCAACACUGGAAGGAGCCCAAGGUCAGGGGGAACUUGACAUAUCACCUGUACAUGCCUCCAGAACGGAGCCAAGGGCCUAGGGCAGAUCUCCAAGAGGAGGGGUCAACCCUGGGUCCUCCGGGGCCACCUCUGUGGGAAGAGAAAAACUCACAGAGGCCACACCCUCGGAUGAAGCCCUCCUCAUCAGGAGACUCCAGUCCCUCACCCCCUUCACACAAGCUGGAACUUCAGACCCUUAAAUUGGAAGAGCUGACGGUCUCAGAGCUCCGGCAGCAGCUGCGCCUGCGGGGACUCCCAGUCUCGGGGACCAAGUCGAUGCUCCUGGAGCGCAUGCGCGGUGGCGCCCCGCCCAGAGAACGGCAGAAACCCCGGCGCGAGGACAAAGAGGCCGCGGCUCCCUGGCCGCGCCUCAGGCCUAAGACGCUGGGACCUACCCGGCGGUCGGGCACGGUAAAGGCAAGUGCGGCGACUCGUGGGCUGAGGUUCUCUGGAGCAGCGGAUCCCCUGGGGGCAGCUCCGGCUCGGGCUCCGGCUCCGGCUCCGGCUGCGGCUGCGGCUCCAGCUUCGGCUCCAGUUCCAGCUUCAGAUCCAGCUUUAGCUCCUGCUCCAGCUUCGGCUCCGGCUCCGGCUCCAGCUCCAGCUCCAGCUCCAGUUCCAGCUUCAGCUCUAGUUCCAGCUCCAACUCCCUUUCCAACAUCUCCAGCCAACCUGACUCUGGAGGAGGAGCUGCAGGAAGCGAUCCAUAGGGCGCAGCUGCUUCCGAACCGGGACAUCGAUGACAUCCUGGAAGUCCAAGUGGAGCCAGAUGACCUGCUGCCUCCCAUCAUCCCCUUGGACUUCCCUGGCUCAUUUGACGUGCUGUCUCGCUCCCCGGACUCGGAAGGCUUCUCUUCCGUCUUUUCUUCACUCCCAUCCCCCUCUAGCUCCCUGUCCCCUUCUCCAAGGGCCCUCACAGAUUCCUUGGACUGGCUGGAGGCCUUGAGUGGGGGUCCGCCGCUGGGCUCUGGGCCUCCAGGCCCCAGCAUCUUCUCAGCGGACUUAUCUGACUCCAGUGGCACUCGGCUUUGGGAACUGCUGCCGGAUCCAUGGUGAAGGACCCUGGGGCUUCCAAGGAGAGGUCAUCUGCACCCACAAACACCCUCUAACUACAGAGGACUCACGAUGCCCUCAUCCCCUCCUGACCCACGGCUGCUGACACAGCAAAUGCCUGGACCUGCCCACUUGGCCUCUGUGUGACCCCUCCCGUCCCGUGUAGUUGGGGAUGGGGGUUCAUUUGCUACUGGCCAGUGCAAACAAGCUUGCUGCCUCCUUCAGAGACCUGCAGGGUGUGUGUACCACUUCCUCCAGACGCUGGAUGGCUGCCUGUCAUCUGGGAAUCGGAAGUUUGUGCUGUUUGGGUUCAGGAAAUCACAGGGACAGUAGAAGGAAGGCAGACCCCUGCUCUAGUUAGAGGUGAGGGGAUCAGACGCACCUAAUGGGCGGUGACUCUAAACUCCCUAUCACUUGAACCUAUGAGUGUUGUGAUUAUACCUAGCUUUCUUGCUUUUUUUGUUUGUUUGCUUGU